GGCUCUUUUCUUUGACAUUUCCGCUCGGUCAACGGUCUUUUCCUUCUCUUUCUACCCUCUUUUAACUCGUUUUGCAUUUUCGCGCUCGUUAUUCCAUUCUUUCAGAUAUUCUUUCUCUGUUUUUUCCAGUACAUAUGCUACCUCAAAUAUUUUAACUGCUCCCCCCACUUGUCCAUAUACCGUCACACAUAUUGGUUCUGUACAGUACAUCCCCGCCUGAGUGCGGCGCGUCCAGCUUUACUCGAUGGGAUUCUUUGACCACCUCCAAAAAGGAGGAGGCUUCUCUUUACAACCAAAGAAGCCUCAGAUACGUAAAGUUGUUCAGACACGGCCUGCGCCUCCUUCAAGGACGUCAUCACUGACACCGGGUACAUCAUCGCGUGCCUCGCCCUCUGAUAAGCCGAAGAAGAUGCAAGGAUCGGGGAGCAGGUCAGUCUCGAGAGAUCCAGACCUUACAUCUUCGAAACGGCGAUUGAACACUCCGUCACAGAAUCGAAAGCGACAAACUCCAGAACAGCGACUUUCCAGUGAUGAUGAUUCCAGUGACACGGAUACGUCGUUCGAAGUUCGUAAGCGCGCGAGAACGGGCGACAGUGCGGAGCCAGAUUUUGAGAGACGGCUACGUUCCUUGAAGGCAUUCUCCGAAGCAGGAGUUAAGUCAUUGCCGAUAGUGCAUGCAGCUGACAUCACAUCUGUCCAAAAGGCGGGGUGUUUCAAACCAGCUUUUGGGGGCACGGGCCGGCCUACCGAGAUAUUGUUACAGUAUCCAAGCGCUUCCCCGAAAGAAAGAUACAACCUUGUUGUACCCCGUGACAAAGACGAUUUUAGACCUAUCGACGAUAUAUUCCAAGUCAUCGAAACUGUGUCACAAAAUUACAUAUCGGAAGACGAGGCGGACUAUUUUGAUAAUGAGUCGACUGGGAUUAAGAGAAGGCUACGACGAGCGCUCGCCCACGCGUCCGAAGCGGAGUUUCGAACUGUUGUAACCGAUUAUAAUGAUGCGAUUGAACGAUUAAGGCGCGAUGGUAGUAUCGCAAAAAAACUAGACUCGACUCAUCGGCUGAAUUUGCCACUCGUCGAGAGGAUUUUAACCCAAAUUUAUUCGCGCACUGUGUCACCUCGGGUUGAAUCACUCCGUCAAUAUGAGAACGGAACGGACAAUGUCUACGGAGAAUUGCUACCUCGUUUCAUCAGUACCAUUUUCAAAGAGACGGGAUUGAAGUCGGGCCAGGUUUUCGUCGAUCUAGGAUCUGGCGUGGGUAACGUUGUUUUGCAGGCGGCACUGGAGAUUGGGUGUGAAAGCUGGGGCUGCGAAAUGAUGCAGAAUGCAUGUGAACUUGCCGAGCUCCAACAGACCGAGUUCAAGGCUCGAUGUCGCCUAUGGGGAAUUGCACCGGGGAAAACACAUCUCGUUCGGGGCGAUUUCCUCAAAGAACAGAGUAUCAUCGAUGUCCUAAAGCGCGCAGAUGUCAUCUUGAUCAACAACCAGGCCUUUACUCCGCAACUCAACAACGAGUUGAUCAACCACUUCCUGGACAUGAAAGAGGGUUGUCAAAUCGUGUCCCUCAAGUCAUUCGUCCCUGCAGGCCAUAAAAUCCAGUCUCGGAAUCUAAAUUCGCCAAUUAAUCUUCUUAAGGUAAAGCAGAGGGAAUAUUGGUCCAACAGUGUCAGCUGGACCGACGUUGGUGGCACUUAUUUCAUCGCUACCAAAGACAGCUCUAGAUUGAGAGCUUUUGCAGAGAGCAUGGGGUGAGAUGCCCGCCUAUUCACUGCGCGGUCACCAACAAACUGGUUUUUGGGUAUCUUUCCCCCUUCUUACUCU